AUGCCGGGGCCGCCUCCUCCUCCCCCGCCGCCGCCACCUCCCGGCGGUGGCGGUCCUCCUCCUCCACCACCUCCUCCUCCUGGAGGAGCACCUGGCGGCAUGCCUGGACGUCCUCCGCUCGGUCGCGGUGCUCUCCUAGCCGAUAUAAGCAAAGGCAAAGCCCUCAAGAAGGCUGUCACGAACGAUCGCUCUGCCCCUCAGGUCAGCGGCGGCGGAACUUCAUCCUCAGGUCCACCAGUAGGCGGCGCGCCUCCGGUACCAGGCCUGGCGCCUCCGGUACCUGGAAACCGUGCCAGGAGCAACAGUGAUCAGGGUACCGGAGCGGCGACGCCGGCCGGGUUGGAAUCAGCGGCGCCGCAGUUGGGUGGGCUGUUCGCGGGCGGCAUGCCCAAACUGAAGAAGCGAGGCGGUGGCAUUGACACUGGACGGGAGACAGACUCCUCAUACUUAUCCGAUCCGGGCGAGUCGAAAUUCUCCGCGCCUAGACCGCCUGCCUCAGCACCUCCACCGCCGUCAAGCGGCGCUCCUGCGAUCCCGGGAAGGCCAUCGCUGUCGGUACCUGGCCCUGGUGGGUUACGAAAGACGAGUGCAAGGGGACCGCCGCCACCCAUAGGAAAGAAGCCACCCCCGCUACCAACAUCUCGAAAACCAGCAUUGAAGCCGACGCUCCCCGCUUCUCCUGCCCCUCCGCCUCCUCCGGCUCCAUCAGGAGCACCAGCGCCGCCUCCUCCUCGUCCUACAUCGUCAGCUCCCGGUGCGCCUCCUCCACCACCACCUUCAAGCGCGCCCCCUUUGCCAGCAGCCGCUCCUCGAUUACAGCCUCCCCCUCCACCACCUCCGCCAGCCAGCGUCGCGCCUUCGAUUGCCCCUGCCGUGAACAACCGGCUCUCCGGACGAUCGUCCCCUACGACGGCGCCUCCGCCCCCUCCGCCUGGUGCUGCGCCGUCACCGCCGCCGCCUCCUCCACCGCAAGGCCGCAGCCGCGGUGCUUCCCUUCGACAAUCUAUGCUCGAUCCGAGCGCGUACACCCUAUCUACAAACGGCUCCCACUCACCAGCUGGUACGCCGAAGUCGCGCACCUCGUUUCAUUCACCAAGCCCAAGCCUCGGUGGUGGAAGCCGCAUCGUCAUCAACGAUUCAAGAUGGCACUUCAAGGAGGACGACCAACUUCCAAAACCGAGAGGCUUUUCUGGGGGCAGCCGGAGGUACAGAGCAGGCAGGGGAAGCAGUGUUCCGUUAGAUUUGAGCGCUUUUUAG